AGCCAGCCAAAGACGGUGCACACGCUGACAAGCCUGAAUAGAGGGUUUAACAGUGAGCACGUAAACUCCAGCUGGCAGCAUUGCGAUUGGCUGUUGCCAGUGUCCGUCUAGACAACCAGACACCAUGUUGGGUUGUGAUCAAAGCAAGCAUCGGCAGCGAGUCGCAUGAGCCCAGAGUGACAGGGCGUUAUUUACAUGAUUAAAAUAUCCAAUAGGCCACAUUUUAUUGAAGGAAUUAUUGAAACAUAUCUUAAACAAUCAGUUCGUCAUGGAGUCCUAUGACAUUAUAGCUAACCAGCCGGUUGUGAUCGAUAAUGGUUCAGGCGUUGUCAAAGCUGGCUUUGCUGGAGACCAGAUCCCCAAAUACUGCUUCCCCAACUAUGUGGGCCGUCCCAAGCAUGUGCGUGUAAUGGCAGGAGCCCUGGAGGGGGACCUCUUCAUCGGACCCAAAGCAGAGGAGCACAGAGGGUUGCUGUCAGUGAGGUAUCCCAUGGAGCACGGCAUAGUGAAGGACUGGAACGACAUGGAGAGGAUCUGGCAGUACGUCUACUCCAAGGAACAGCUGCAGACCUUCUCAGAGGAGCACCCUGUCCUGUUGACUGAAGCUCCCCUGAACCCCAGUAAGAACAGGGAGAAGGCGGCUGAGGUUUUCUUCGAGACCUUCAAUGUCCCUGCCCUCUUUAUCUCCAUGCAGGCAGUCCUCAGUCUCUAUGCGACAGGGCGCACCACGGGAGUGGUGUUAGAUGCGGGCGACGGGGUGACCCACGCGGUGCCCAUCUACGAGGGCUUUGCCAUCCCCCACUCCAUCAUGAGGGUGGACAUCGCUGGCAGGGACGUGUCCCGCUACCUCCGACUGCUGCUACGCAAGGAGGGCUACGACUUUCACACCUCCGCCGAGUUUGAGGUGGUUCGCACCAUCAAAGAGAGAGCCUGCUACCUGUCCCUGAACCCGCAGAAGGAUGAGACUCUGGAGACAGAUAAGGCCCAGUACACCCUCCCUGACGGCAGCACACUGGAUAUUGGUCCAGCCCGGUUCCGAGCACCAGAGCUGCUGUUCAGGCCAGACUUGAUCGGAGACGAGAGCGAGGGGAUCCACGAGGUGCUGGCUUUCGCUAUCCAGAAGUCUGACAUGGACCUCCGACGCACACUCUUCUCCAACAUCGUACUGUCUGGAGGAUCCACACUGCUCAAAGGCUUCGGUGACAGGCUACUAAGCGAAGUGAAGAAGCUCGCUCCCAAAGACGUGAAAAUCAAGAUCUCCGCCCCUCAGGAGAGGUUGUACUCCACGUGGAUUGGUGGCUCCAUCCUGGCGUCGUUGGACACCUUUAAGAAGAUGUGGGUCAGUAAGAAGGAGUAUGAGGAGGACAGAGCACGGGCCAUCCACAGGAAGACCUUCUAACACCGCGGCCCUUAAACUGCUCUCCUUAGCUAUCUGUCCCCAACCUUCCCUCACACUACCAUCCAAUGCUCCUGUAUCAGCCCUCAGUUGCCCCACAUUACCAAUUUGCCCCAGAUAAUUCCAACUUCCCCCAUAUUGCCCUCCAUUACCACGCCAUACAGCCCAGUGUCUGCCCCACCUCCUGCUGGCUCCCCGCCCCUUUGCUUCCCCCAUUCUCUGGCCAGGGGAGUUUCUAUAUACACCCUCCCUCAGUUCAGCAUGCCUUUUGUUGCCACCCAUCGCACCCAUAGGUGUAGGGAGAGAGCAGGGUGCCCCUUCAGGUAAACCUGUGACUCCAUCACCUCCUCCCUCCACACACACACACACCCCGCGAACCCUAAAGAUAACCCUCACACACACACACACCCAGGGCUGUGUGGGCAUCUGUCAAUACUGUGGAGUAUCUGUUUUUCUGUUCUUAAGGGGGCAAUGCUAUACUCUACCCAACCCUGAAGUGUUUAUAUUACUUUCCUAUCUACCCUGCCCUGUACGAUACCUAGCAUCAUAUCAUUCAGUGACAAUGAAGGCGAAUUUUUUUUUUCUUCUCGAUACUGUAAGAAUAUCAUUCCAAACCGAAGAGAUUGACUUUUGCUUUUUACAAUUAUUUUUUAAUAUUUCGGUCAUCACGGUUACAAAUCACCAUGUUGAAGUCACCGUUGUUUUAGUUUCCAUUUGUUGAAUUAGUUCGUAUUGGAAUAGGUCAUGCUGCUCUGUGGUCUGGGGUAAAGAAUACCACUGUGUUUGACAUUGGCUCAUAAAACAUUGAAGGAACUUCUCUCUCCGCCAUCCCUCCUACAGGUGUUUAACAACAAUGACUACUGGACAUGUUUAGACGUCAGCGAUGUUUAACGCUUCCUUAUAUUGAUGUGGCAAAAUAUAAAGUAUCUCCAUUCAGUUAGCUGUGUUUGUGAAAUGGUUUGACAACAGAGGAGUGAUGAGAUGUACCCUCCUCACUCAGUACAAAACCCAAUAUGGGGAUUUAGACAUUGUGACCAUUACUAUUUCUAAUUGACCGUUUAAAGAUAUGAAAGCUAAACUUGAAUGCCUUAUAAAAAAUGUGUCUGACAAAGUGCUGUCUGAAAAGGUUUGCAUUUAGGCCAACAUCAGAUGUGUUCCAGUUAUUAGUGCUCUGUGUUGGACAGAGAGACUGGUCUGAGAGCUGUGUACCUGGACAGGUUACAUUUUGAGGUCUUAAUUCUCCCCUAACCACUGAAGCAGGGUCAGAUUUAUUCAUCAUCCAACUGGUUAACCUUCAGAUUGUUUAUCUGAUCCUAAACCUGGGUUGAACUCUAAUCUCAGUGUUAGCGGUCAAGGGAAGGCCACUGAGAUCCUCCUCCGACAAAACGUUGUAGUUUUUCAUCUCCAAAGGCUCCAUUUAAACCAUGGUGGGGAUUAACUGUUAAAUAUGCAACUGUUAUUUUAAGUGUAUGUAUGGGAUAGAAACACUGAGUGAUGUUAUAGACUGUAGUAAGACCAUUCUCAUAAUAAGCAUGUAGAAGCACAAGAUGGCAGAGUAUUAUCAGUUGGUUUUUACCAUCUAUUCCCCCUCAUGUACCAGUAGAAGUCUGAGUGUUAUUAUGGCUAAGCUGGGUUCCCUGCAUCUCAUUGGCAGUAAAGAGGUUGUGUCCGAACCUGUGUCCGCCUUCCUUCCGUGCCCCGACACCGGGAAAGUCCACUUUAUCUUCUAGGUGUUUUUAAAAAGGUUCUAAACUUCAUCAGCCUUGUGUACAGUGGAACACUUUUCAAAAAAGGCAACGACUAAAGAAGAUCAUUAAAUACAGGAAUAAAAAUGUACAAUACUGUUUAUUCAAGUCUUUUACUUUUCAUUUUGUAAAUUCAGUAUAAUAAAUAAGUUAAUGACUGCUG